CCGCAGUCUUCAACUUCAAAUAUCAAAAAUCGAGAUACUCCAACGCAGAUGCCGGCUGUGCGGACGAUGCUGAUGUUGCGCGCGCGCUAUAAACCACCGCUCUAUAGCGCAAGUGCUCUCUCUCGUCCUCAAUACAGUCCCCCAUCCUUGCGCUCGGUCAAAGAUGGACAGUCAGGCUCGGCAGUCGCCUUCUACGCCCGGGCGCCACGGAAACCAGGUGUCAGGAAAUACCUCCCCUACAAUCCCCGAAACAAGCGGAAAUACGUGCCCAAGAAAGGAAUGUUCAUCCAGCCGCUCCUGACAAUCGACAAGCCGCCUUCCUAUACCUACCAUUUGCUGCCAUCACGCUACUACAAGCCGGCUCAGUACAAAGGCCCGAACCCCGACGCGGUCGAUUCGGUGCCGAAUUUUGGUCUCUCGCCGCAGAUAUUGGAGGCGAUGAGUGGCAAAGGCUGGAGAGCGCAGAAGCUGGAUUUUUACUCGAGAAACAUCCGGUGGAAGUACAUCAAUGACUUGAAGAAAAAAGUCGUGGUGCAUGACCCCGGCAGCGGCAGCAAGUAUCUCGACACAGAAGAGCUACAAGAGACGAUCCCCGACCACCAGCCCGAAUACCUGCGCCGACGCAAACGAUCCGUCUUUCUCCGCGAACUGCCUUCAGACUACGACGCCUUCAGCGCCAUCCCUCACCCGAAGGACCAACCUCCGGGUUAUGGCGUGAACGAGUACGAUCUCGGUCUCCUGGUGUACUUUAAUCCCCACACGGUCACCCUGACUCCCAAACAUUCGAGACUCCCGAGAGACCCGCCGCCUAGGACGCCGGGAUUUCCGGUCCGGCGUGUAAAUUUCUUCAGACUCCUCGGCCCGCAAGCUGUCUACUACGGACUCGAAGGAACCCGCUUCACAUACCCGGAAGAAGAAAUGGAGCGCAACAUCAGGCGCAUGAACGCCGUGUUGCAGCUUACCCCCGGAGCGAGGACAACACCGCACCCGCACUCAAGGGGUGGAAAGAUACUUAAGGAAGAAUCGAAAUUGCCCGAGCCGAAUCCGAACAAUUUUGUCAGUAUUUCGCGCAACGAGUUUAAACAUGUCAUGAUUGUUCAUCAUCGACUGAAGCGCUUGGACAGGGCGGCGCGCAAGGCACAGGCCAAGGCGGAGUCUGGAGAUUCGGAUGAAGACGGUCCAGGCAGAAAAGUCAGCAAAUGGUUGGGUAACGAAGACAAGGCCGUCACCCCGCUUUAUCUCAAAAUGGCUCCAAAGCUGAACCUCGACAUUCCUCCAAGUAUAAAGAGCAAACUCGAUGAAAAUGCUGAGAAGGAAGAAACUAUCAAAGCCGAACAAGACGCCAAAAAAGCUACCUUGCCCCUUCUCCACAGAUCGAACCCGUUCGUCUUCUCUUUGACCGUCCCUAUACGGGAGACCCCGCCUCCCGAAGAGUUGAUCAAAGCAGUAGCUGAAGAUGGAGGUAGCGCAGUUACAUUUCCAGCUUCAACUCCAAACAAGAAGCCGAUGUCUCUCGACGACUUAUUCACCCUUGGUGCCGAACAGGCCGCCAAAGCCCCGCGUGGUCCUCGAACUAUGCUCGACACCGGCCUUGUUGGGCGUCAAUACGAGGAGUUUUUGGCUCAAGCCGAAGCUACAGUGUUAGUACCGCCGAGAGACCUGACCAUAGGUAAAGUUCGGCGUAAUGCUCUCCCAAGUGGGAAGGUUGCAGAUACGGAGCCAGAGCCAGAGUUUGAGUUGAUUCCAAACAGCAAGCAGUCGGAGCCUACAAACAGGCGAUCGAGACGAGCGAAACGAAGGGAACAAUUGAAACAUUCAGCGUCUGCUGGAUCAUCAUCUACAAAGGAGCAAUCAGCGCCUACAAACAGACAAUCAGCAUCAUCAAACAAACAACCAGCAUCAACCGACAAACAAUCAGUGCCUAUCAACAAGCAGCACCAAAACAGACAACCGCGCCCCACCAACCAGCUCGCCGCCGACGGAACCACCAAACACGGUGACCGGAGCAAGAAUUUCCUCGGCAUUCUCUUGCCCGACAGCAAAAAGCCGCGCCCGUUCACCAACGCUCUACUCAGCACGUUUCUCGAGCCUGACGAACCGUCGACUCCACAAAAACGACGGUUUUCUUCCACCGCUGCGAGAACUGCAUACAAUUCGGGCCUGACUGAGCGGCAGCGGCCCACACUGUCAUCCGCUGGAUCGGGUUUGGGUGUUGGCAAACGGUCAUAUUCCACCGGUUCUGUCGAACCUCUACCUGCACCAGACUUGGAUAUCGAAAGUCUUCUCACAGAUACAGUGAUAGAAAUCAAGCCAAAAAAGAAACCGCGGCCACGAAAGAAGAAAGAAAGACGCAAUUGGGAUACAUCUGUCGCCCAGGGCUCCGUCCCUGGCUUCGCCGAGGCGCCUAACGAGCUGAAGCGCUGGAAAAUGAAAGCUCUCAAGCUGCAGCCUGGCUAUAUCAAAACGCGGCCCAAGCGUAGACGGGACUUUCGCAAAUGGGGAUACUUUUAUGUGUAUUACAAGCCGCAGGCUACAAGUUUUCUCGAUAGUUUUUUCGAUCCGAGAGGACCGCGGCGUGUUGUCAGGAUUCCUCCUCCUCCUAGUACCAUGCUUCAGAAUUUGGUGGGCGAACGUCUUCCUGCUGGUGAUACUAAACAGCGGGCCUCAGACAGAUUUAACGCUUCCGACCUGCGUACACUGCCCGAGAGAAAGCAGGUUUCCCCCGGCUUCAGCGCUCUUGGAUCCUCUGCAAAGGAUGUUGAACAGCCUUGGUCAGACUCGAGCGCUCUUGGAUCUCAUUCAAAAUAUGCUGGAAAGAGGUCUUCCGUUAGUGAAUAUUCCAAGAAGCCUGGAGGGGACGAGUUUGUUGAUGAAUACAUCGAUGGAUUUGUCCAAACCCUCAAACCAACAGAGCGUGUAGGGAAAGUGCAAGUCUUCCCAUACGACCCCGAUAAAGUGCGACCACCUUAUUCGAUUCCUCCCCCGGUGGAGGAGAAGUAUACCACCGCCAAGCAGAUCCCCGGAUUCUACCCCGUCCCCGGUUUCGGAGGCGGUUUCGAUCGCAAAAAACACCGCCGGGUUCUAAGCACCUACCGGGUUUUCUACCAGGCUCGACCUAAAGUACCGGCCGGCAGUCCUGGGUACUUGCCGUUUCGGGAUUUGAUGGUGGAUCCGGCUAAGCCGCCGAUUCCUGUCAAACCGGCGUUUAUCGAAGGUGCUUAUAGGUCUGAGAAGGAGGUGCGGAGUGUCUUUGGUGAAAAAGGUGUACGGGCAAUGCAUAAGGCAAACCCAUUCAAGCCUAAACAGCAUCGCAAAGCUCGUGGAAAGAAAUCCGCAUCGGCUGGCUAGACGUCGGAGUCCGCCGGCGCUGAUCGCAAAGCUCGUCGAAAGAAAUCUGUAUCGGCGGGUCAGACGUCGGAGUCCGCUAGCCCUGAUGGCAAAACCGGUCAGUCUCGGCAAGGGAAGAAGAAACAGUCAAUGCCCGAGAAGUAGCUCAGCAGUUAAGGUUAUCGCAAGCCCACUCAGUGACGACAUGAGUAGCGGCACGCGAGGAGCAAAACGCGUUUGCAUUUAUCGUCAGUGUGAGGGCAAACCUAACCAGUAUGAUUUUGCAAGAGACGCUGUAUAUAGCGUGCAAUGACGUUGCGCGUUUGUAUUCUAUCUUAUGAUUCAUUGUAAAUAACAACUAAUGACAUACCAUUUUGCAUUCCUAGU